GCAGGUUUUGAAGAUCAAUAAAGAAAGCAGAUUUUCUAAACACGCAAAGGGGGGUGGGGGAAGAAAAGAUUAAGAAGAAAUGGGAGAUGUUGUUUUGUUUAUUGAUGAUUUAUCAUCGAAGAGUUGUUCGAUUUCACACUGUAGAAUUUGCCAUGAAGAAGAGCUCGAAAGCUUGAAGAGCUUGGAAGCUCCCUGUGCGUGUUCUGGCUCUGUUAAGUUCGCACAUAGAGAUUGUAUACAGAGAUGGUGUAACGAGAAGGGAAACACAACUUGUGAAAUUUGUCUUCAGAAAUAUGAACCGGGAUAUACAGCAAUGGUGCCUUCGAAGAAAUCUCAGCUGAUUGAAGCUGCAGUAACCAUUAGCCUGCAAAUUCCCAGAAGAGAGGUUGAACCACAACACCAAGCAAUGAACAACGGAAAUGAAUUCUCUCAAUGUAACACAGCCGCUGAAAGAGGCGCUACUUGCUGCCGAUCAAUGGCACUCACCUUUACCGUGGUUUUGCUCGUGAAACAUCUAUUUGCUGUCAUCAAUGGCGAAACAGAUCAAUACCCGUUUGCACUUCUUAUGAUACUGCUUUCGAGAGCAGCCGGAAUUUUACUCCCAAUGUACAUAGUGAUUCGGUCGAUUACAGCCAUUCGGAAUAACUUUCGACGACAGCAACGGCACGGUUCCGAUGAAAUCGCCAGCUCUGAGGAUGAAGACGACGAUUGAGCAUCAAUGGCUCGACAGACAAUCUUAUUGUAAGAUCUUAAUUGCUUCCUCGUUUGUAAUUCGAGGCAUUAUACUGAUGCCCAGCU